CUGUAAUCCUAUGUAAUUCACACUUUCGAUAAGAUCACUUAAUCUUGACAGAACUUGUUUGAGCACAUUCACCUUUAUAACACAGAUGUAAAGGACACACCUGAUAGUCUGCAUGCUUUCAAAGCCAGCGGAAACCUUUUCUGCUCACUUUAUUUCAUGCCACUAUGUUGGUUCCACUAGUACUGCUAUGGCUUUGCCUCUGCUUCAUUUUCUUUCAACUCAAAACCAGGAGGCCCAAGAACUUUCCUCCUGGACCGACUGGACUGCCACUGGUGGGGAGUCUGCUGAGCCUGAACCUGGAGAACCCUCUGCAGGACUUUGACAGGCUGAGAAGGACUCAUGGAAACGUGUUCAGUGUGUACUUCGGUUCUGAGCCAGUUGUCUUCCUCAACGGGAUGCAGACCAUUAAGGAGGCUCUGGUGACCAAGGCUGCGGAUUUUUCUGGACGACCUCAAGACAAGCUUUUCAAUAUAGCGACUGGGAAUAAGGGGGUGAUUCUGUCAGAUUAUGGCCCUUCCUGGAAGGAGCAUCGCCGCUUUGCUCUGAUGACCUUGAGGAACUUUGGUUUGGGAAAGAAGUCCAUGGAGGAGAGAAUUCUGGGAGAAAUCCAGUACACAAUCAAAACUGUGGAAAACAGUAUUGGUAAACUUUUGAGUCCUCAAGUGAUGUUUCACAACGCAGCCUCCAACAUAAUCUGCCAGGUUCUGUUUGGUACACGCUACGACUACGACGAUGAGCUAAUCAGAGUGAUUGUGAAUUGUUUCACUGAGAACCUGAAGAUCGCCAACGGACCGUGGCAGACACUCUAUGACUCCAUUCCCAUGAUUCGUAACUUGCCGCUGCCUUUCCAGAAGGCCUUUGAGAACAUUAAGACUUGUGAAAAUAUUACUCUUCGUUUGAUAAAUGAGCACAAGAAGACCAGGGUUCCAGGACAACCACGACACUUUGUGGACUGUUAUCUGGAUGAACUGGAUAAGAGAGGUAAUGAUGGUUCGUCCUUUUCCGAAGAUCGACUUGUGAUGUAUGCUCUAGAUCUUCACGUCGCUGGGACCGACACUACGUCCAACACCCUGCUGACUGGUUUCCUCUACCUCUCGACCCACCCACACAUACAGGAGCGCUGUCAACAGGAGAUCGACCAAGUGCUGGAAGGGAAGGACUGUGUAAGUUACGACGACAGAAACAACAUGCCUUAUAUGCAGGCUGUGAUCCAUGAAGUGCAGAGGGUCUCCAACACUGUCCCACUCAGUGUUCCCCACUGCGCAAUUAGAGACACAGAGCUCAAGGGAUACUUCAUUCCUAGGGGGACCAUGAUCAUCCCUAACCUGACCACAGUGAUGAAUGAGGAGGGACAGUGGAAAUUUCCCAAUGAAUUCAACCCUGAAAACUUCCUCAAUGACCAGGGAGAGUUUGUCAAACCAGAGGCCUUCAUGCCGUUCUCUGCCGGUCCUCGCGUUUGUCUCGGAGAGGGUCUGGCUCGCAUGGAGCUCUUCCUCAUCACGGUGACUCUGCUGAGGAAGUUCAAGUUCACGUGGCCAGAGGAUGCAGGAGAGCCGGACUACACCCCUGUUUAUGGAGUCACUCUGACCCCCAAACCUUAUAAGAUGAAAGUCCAGCUCAGAGCUUCAUAAAGAAAUGAAUCAUAGAUACAAACAUGUCAUCCUUUUGCUAAAGCUUUGAGUUUUCAUCUGAGAUUGAUGACUUUUGGACCGGUUAUUUUUUUCUAUGUAUGUAACUGAGCACAAUUAAAACAAAAAUAAUAAUAACUGGGAUGUCUUGUAAAAUGCAAAUUAAAAGUGAAACCAGUGACAUUAAAAUAUAUUUUGACUUCUA